CCGCAGUGUCCGUGUUCCCGGAUUCGCGGCGUCUUCGUCCACCUCUUUGCACUAUGUCCGGUGGCCUCCUGAAGGCGCUGCGCAGCGACUCCUACGUAGAACUGAGCCAGUACCGGGACCAGCACUUCCGGGGUGACAAUGAAGAACAGGAAAAAUUACUGAAGAAAAGCUGUACGCUAUAUGUUGGAAAUCUUUCCUUUUACACCACUGAAGAACAAAUCUAUGAACUCUUCAGCAAAAGUGGUGACAUAAAGAAAAUCAUUAUGGGCCUGGAUAAAAUGAAAAAAACAGCGUGUGGAUUCUGUUUUGUGGAAUACUAUUCAAGAGCAGAUGCAGAAAAUGCCAUGCGGUAUAUAAAUGGAACUCGUCUGGAUGACCGGAUCAUUCGCACUGACUGGGAUGCAGGCUUUAAGGAGGGCAGGCAGUAUGGCCGUGGGCGCUCUGGGGGCCAGGUACGAGAUGAGUAUCGACAGGACUAUGAUGCUGGAAGAGGUGGCUACGGAAAACUGGCACAAAACCAGUGAGUGAUGAGAGCCCCACCAGUGAAACACUCACUCCUUUGGCCUGUUGAAUUUGUUGAAGA